AUGGUGUCCCAGGCCCUCUUCCUUCUCCUGGGGCUCAUCGGAUCGGUGGCCAAGCAUGGGCUGGGAGCUGCCACAGGAACUAGAAGUCCUUGGUUCUCCCCUCCUGCCUCUGGCCCAGAGAAGGCUGGCCAGUGUCCAGCUGGAAGAGUCCAGGCUGUGCCUCCCUCCCGGGUCUUCUGCCUCUCGGAUGCCUCCUGCCCUGGGAGUGAGAAGUGCUGCAACCUUGGCCUGAUGAGGAUCUGCGUGCAGCCUGCAAUGGUGGGCCCCGGCUACUGCCCAAAGCUCUGCUCAGCCACGGAGGAGCCCUGUUUGGUGAGCUGCCUGGACGACUCCUGGUGCGGCCCAGGGGAGAAGUGCUGCCAAGAUGACUGCCACGUUCACUGUGUGCUGGCAGAGCCUGUUAGGCCUGGCUCUUGCCCAAGGACCAGAGUGUUGUCGGCCAGCACACCCUGCCCGGACCAAUGUGAUGACGACAGGAGCUGCCCUGAGGGCCAGAAGUGCUGCUUCACGGGCUGCAGCCUUCAGUGUGUCAGCCCCUGGGCAGAGGAUCCCCCGGCAUGCACAGAGGCCGUGUCCCGCGCAGCUGUUCCGAAGACGUGCCCGGACCUCUGCCUGGCUGACACCGACUGCUCAGGGGACAGGAAGUGCAGCCCCACAGACUGUGGCUUCCAGUGCACAGAGCUGCUGCCUGCAGAGCGGCCUGGGGUGUGUCCUGAGGCUUCCCAGGGGCCCCUGGAGUUCUGCCAGGAUUGGUGUAGCACGGACAGCGAGUGCCCCGGAGCCAAGAAGUGCUGCAGCAGGAAUGGCUGUGGCCGCAUCUGUGCAGAACCGCGCAGGGUGAAGCCUGGAGUGUGUCCCUUGCUGCUCAGGGGCUCUCUGGGGCCCUGCCCAGGCUCGAUGCGGAAGAACUGCAGUGACGACUUGGACUGCCCAGCGGCAGAGAAGUGCUGCUCGACCGGCUGCAGCUACGCCUGCACGGAGCCCGAGGAAGUGCGCCCAGGGGCCUGCCCCCCCAGUGCUGCAGAGAAGAGGCCCUUGGAGUGUUCCGCUGCUGCUGCGGCCGCCACCCCCACCACCUUCUGUGUCAAGGAUGCGGAUUGCCCCCAGCCAGAGGAGAGGUGCUGCCGGCGGCACUGCGGCUGGGUCUGCCUGGCUCCUGCUUCGUAGCUUCCCGCCUCAGGGCUCGAGUCACAGAUGCAGUGAUCACAGAAUCCUCACACAGUACAAAGCUCACAUAGAGCCAGUGGACUUAUGGACUGACUGAAAUGUAUUUAUCUGAAACUGGCACAGGAACAGCAAAUGUCAUGACUGUCAUCUUCAGAUUAUAAUGUUCAGCACUUAUGCAAAGCCCAAAGGGAAUCAGUACACUUUUGACACGCUCUUUGAAAAGCGAGUGGCCCACACAUGGCCCAGGGUGACACGAGCGGCGUUUCCUGUCGCCACUGCUGCAGGCAUCUCGGGAAGCACAAGUGCACAAACCCUGCAGUUCCAUCCCACAGCUCGGAAACACAACUGGCUUGGGACGGCUUCAAGUAUGUGCCUUCCUGGGGCCUGCCUUGUGCCAGACUUCUGGGGCUUCCUUAGAUGCCCGCAGCGGUGCGGGGCGAUCAGAAACACCCAUGUAAUUGCCACACAACUUGUGGACCACUAAUAAUAAAUGGCAGUAAUGACCGCAUGGAGAAACUUGGAAGUGUUGAAUGAACUGGAAACAGAGACAGAAUUCAGUGUCAGCUCCCCCAGCUAUUUGUGAGAUGUCCCACUGCAAGUCCUGCAGAAGCUGGUUGGCAGCACACUCUGCAACCGAAGCUUUGUUGUGUUGGUGUGAACCUUCAGCCACAGUCAAGGAGCAGAGGAGGAGAUCAACUCAGUUUUGCACCUGAGUAUGGAGGCAUGGCUGCUUUUUCUCCUCACCUCGGAGCAACACCGUUCUUCCCCCAGGGCUUCAGCCGCUGGGCUAUAAUGAGAAAUCACCCAAUUGCUUAUAACUGGGUUGUUUCUUCUCAGAACAGGUUAAAUACCACAAGUAUCGUAGAUCCUGGUGAAGCCAUUAUGCCACCCAAAUUUCAACUAGAUAGCUCAGAGUGUUUCUGUUGGGGCACACUUUAAAGUUUUGGGGCUUGACUUCCAGCCAUUCAAAUCUAACUGCAUUAAUUUUUUUUUUUAAAUCGCUAGGGCGUUUUUCACACAACAGCCUUUACCGUGUGUUUACUGGGAGGCUUUACUGCAAACUCAAAAAGUGGAUUUGUUUUUUACCCAAUAUAAAUCGGGCUCCACUCUAACGUGCAGUGAAAACCCCGAAUGGUGUGUGAGCUGCUCCCCGAUAACUUGCUGGGACUUCAGGGUAAAUCUGGCCAUUAUGUGACCGCACCCCCUCCAUUCCGGAGGAGGAGAUGCCAGCUAAAAGCCCUGGGUGAGAAAACGGCACCGGUCUCCCAAAGAAGUGAGAAGGACCCAAGUUGCUAACGCCUGCUUUGAAGUGGUUCCUGGUGGAGCUGUGGUUGAUCCACUCAUCUGCACAGAAAGAGAGAGGGAGGGAGAUGGGGACAGAUGAACAAGUAGAGGGAAGGGGGGGGCAAUUCUUUCUCUAAGGUAAAAGGAGCCAAAGAAGGCCUUUUAAAAGUCUCACGCCAGGGAGAAUCAGAAGCAAAGUGAGAGCAGGCGGGCUGGGAGGCGGUGUCCAUGGGAGAUGUCCCUCCCCCACCCCGCAUAUGUCACCAUCUAUGCAGCUGUGCUCUGGCCCAUCCACUCCGUGCCUCCAGACACAAUAUUUUACCCUUUUGCGAUCAAGUUAGACAAACAGUAGUUGGAAAAGACAUGGGUAUUUCACACAUUUUCAAGCUAAUCCUGCAAAAACGAAAAGCAAUGUGCCAAAUGUUCUCUGGACAGCCCACAAUAUCACCCACAAGAAUCAACAGUAAUGUUAGACUAAACCAUUGUCUGUAUCAAGGCUGAGCAAACAUGCCCCUGCCCCGCUGUUGUUGAACUACAACUCCCAUAAUCCCCAGUCACAAUUAUUGUGGCUGGGGAUGAUGGGAGUUGUAGUUCAACAACAGCUGGAGGGUCAGGUUUGCCCAGCCCUGGUCUAGAUGGGCCUAUUUCAGAGGUUCCCAACCUGUAAUGCUCCAGGUGUUGCUGAACUACAACUCCCAUCAUCCCCAGCUACAAUUUAUUGUGGCUGGAGAUGAUAGAAGUUGUAGUUCAGCAACUUCUGGACUACCACAAGUUGGGAACUAUGAUCUAUUGUAUUGGAGAGCUGCCUUGAGGGUCUUUUAAUAAAUAGCUAAGGUCAUAAAUAAUAUCCUAGGAAGAGCAUGGGAUUUGCAGAGUCCUAGGUGCAUAGAAUUGCAGCCAAGCCAUUAAUGGAAAGGGUUCAAUGGGGGGAAACCGUUUCUGGAAGUGAUAACUCCUGUCUGCUAACUGAGCAAAAGGGCUGCUCUUAAACUGGGUACUUUCCAGAUUAGACCCUGCAAUGGGGUCAUGUCGGAUCUCUGAAGUGUGCUUCCACACUUCCUGCAUCGU